AUUUCAGUAGUGAUUGACAGACGUCGGCAGCUUACACAAACCGAAAAUAAAGUGCGUGAUGUUUUAACAAUGUUUCCUGCACCGUUAUUGGAUUCUGGUUGCUAUUGUCUAGAUCAUUUUAGUGAUUGUUUGCAAACUGCACAAAGCAACGCUUUUAUAGCACAAAGUUUUUUCAACCCUUACCUGUUUUUUCCCUUGCCUCUUAAACUAUCGCAACCCAGGCCUGAAAAACCUCCUUAUUCUUACAUAGCCCUCAUAGCCAUGGCGAUAUCAUCAAGUCCAAAACAACGCCUCACCCUAUCAGGAAUUUAUAGGUUUAUUAUGGACAACUUUCCAUAUUAUCGUGAAAACAAACAGGGUUGGCAAAAUUCGAUAAGGCACAAUUUGAGUUUGAACGAUUGUUUCGUGAAGGUGGCUAGGGAUAAGGUGCACGGCGCCGGUGAAGGUGGAAAGGGUUCGUACUGGAUGCUGGAUCCCAAGGCGGCCAAUAUGUUCGAGAAGGGCAAUUAUAGGCGGAGGAAAACUAGGCGACAGCGGUUGGGAGAAGGCGAGUGUUCAAUUUUCCAGAAAGAGGCUCUUUCUUUGGUAAUAAGAAGCGAUGAAAUGGACAGUCAAACGUCUGUGAAAAGAUUGAAAAAUUCCAGCCUGUUUACAAUAGAAAAUUUAAUUAAAAGUGAUAUAGAGCCUAAGACGAAAAUCAAAGAAGAAUUUAGAGACGAUAAGGAUACUGUUAAUUGAAAAUAUUAUUUAUUGCAGUUUAUUAUUUUAUCAUGCCAAAGAAAUGUAUUUAAAUUUAAUCGGUCCAACUACAUACUGAAGAAUAUAUGUUUAAAUAUGCGUAAUAAUAUACUUAGUCAUUUAAUUAUAAGGAUACUUUGUACAUAAAUACGUUUUAUUUGCUUCUAAGUGAUUUGUUGUAAAUAAUAUUAGGAAAGGUUUCAGGACAAUAAUAAAGAUGUGUUCUG